UGUAGAGCGGUGGGGAUGCUCUUCCACCCGCUUCAUCUGGGGCGGGGGUCGAGCUUAGCCAGUGUAGUCAGUGGGCAGACCCCACCUCCCCAGGCCCAGCCCGGAGUGGGCACUGACCCCGCCACCAGCCGGCUCCGGACGCCGGCGGCCCAGCUGCCGCAGCAUCUCCUCGCAGGCGGCGAUGGUGUCCAGGAGCUGCCGCUGUCGCUGCUCCACGGCGUCCAGCAGCUGCUGGGCGCGCUCAUCCCGGGGCGGCUGCGGGGGUGGCCUCCCGCCGAGCCCCAGCCCCGCCUUCCCACGGUCCACGCCGGCAGCCUCCCUGCCCGGGAGAGAGACAGCGUCAGGGCCGGCGCUGGGCGGCGCGAGGUCGCGGCCCCAGCCCCCGCCCCGCGGGCCCGCUCUCACCCCCGUGACCAGGCUGCGCCCGGGCCCCACUCCAUCGCCGCCCUACCACCACCCCCCUGCCGGCCGCCCCCGCCCCGGCGCCGCGCGAGGGCUCCGCUAAGAUGCGCCCCGCCCCGUCCCCACCGGUCUCCUUCAAGUCGCCUGGGGGUCGCGGUCCCUUUAAGCUGCCCGGCGCGGAGGCGGGACCGAGCCUCGGGGGCCGGAAGAUGGGCGCGUGCGUCACUUCCUCCCGGAAGCGGGUCUGGGCGGAUGUCUACUGCGCGUCCCUGUGCGGGGCUGAGGGCCGCGGUGGCGGCCGGCAUGGGGCUGAGCGACGGGCCAGUGGGUUCUGGCCGCAGAUGCCGCCUUCUACGCCCGCCCGCGCCCGCUCCGGCGACGCCGGGGGCCCGGCUGUUGCGGCUUCCGGAGAGCGGGGCCGUGCAGGCCGCAAGCCCCGAGCGCUCCGGUUGGACCGAGGCGCUGCGGGCCGCCGUGGCCGAGCUGCGCGCCGGCGCCGUGGUGGCGGUCCCAACUGACACGCUGUAUGGACUGGCCUGCUCGGCGAGCUGCUCGGCGGCUCUGGACUGCGUGUAUCGCCUCAAGGGCCGCAGCGAGACCAAGCCGCUGGCCGUGUGCCUGGGCCGCGUGGCCGACGUCUACAGGUACUGCCAGGUGAGAGUACCCAAGGAGCUCCUGGAGGACCUAUUGCCAGGACCAGUGACCCUGGUGAUGCAACGCUCCGAGGAGCUCAACAAAGACCUGAACCCCUUCACGCCUCUUGUUGGCAUCCGGAUUCCUAACCACGCUUUCAUGCAGGACUUGGCCCAAAUGUUUGGGGGACCACUUGCGCUCACCAGCGCCAACCUUAGCUCCCAGGCCAGUUCUCUGAGUGUUGAGGAGUUUCAAGACCUCUGGCCUCACUUGUCCCUGGUCAUUGAUGGGGGGCCAAUUGGGGAUAGUCAGAGCCCUGAAUGCCGCCUUGGCUCUACUGUGGUUGACUUAUCUGUUCCUGGAAAGUUUGCCAUUAUUCGCCCAGGCUGUGCCCUGGAAAACACUACAGCCAUCCUCCAACAGAAAUAUGGGCUGCUCCCUUUACAGGGGUCCUGUUCAUGAAACUUGGGAGGACCCAAGAACCAUGCUUGGAUACUAUGUGUCUGCUCACUGGUUGGCAAGGCCUCAUUGGCAGAGGCUCCUGGAGUAUACCUGUAGCCUGGCUUUUUAGGGUACCCCUCUCUCUCUCUCUCUCUGAACACUGUAGGCCAGAAGCUGCAGGUUGAGCCUUGUAGAUUUAUAUAUCAACCAAAAAUUGAACAAAGGUAAGAACAUUCUUAGAGCAGCCUUAUUAUUUUAAGGCCUGCUUUUUAAGUGGAAAACUAAAUUGAGUACAGAGAAUGUAUUAAGAGCUUGUUUCUGGUGGGCAGUGGCUCUUCAUGUCAAGCCAGCUAGAAGCACUAGUGUAGUUUUAAUAGUCUCAGGACCAGUGCAGGGAAGUCAGAAGCCCAAGACGAGCUUUCCUGGCUAUCAGGUCAUUUUAGGGAAAUUAUCAUAGGGGUCCCAAGUGAAAUAAUACUGGAAAAAUAAAAUCUUGACUGUUUCAGCCAGUGACUUUCUUAUUUAUUAAUAAAACAGGUUAUAUA